AAGGAUGGUCUGCGGAACGCAGUCGCAGUCGCAGUCAAUGAUGCUGUUGCCCAUUCGUCUUGUGCAAGAUCGAGAAUCAGUUUAGCAAGCACAUUUACGUUGAUAUUGAGCCUCCAAGCUCGAUGCAUUUCAGCAGUCUGCCUCCGACUUCCUCGGGAAGUAUGCGCCAGAAGCGCCGCGCGUAUUCGGCAUGUCUACCUCUUUGAAGAACACGUCGCGUGUUACGCCGGCACAGCUUUCCUACUUUGCAAUCUACAACCCCUCGCUGGGACCAACAGACGAGACCGUUCGCGACCAGAUCGUCUUUUACUAUUCCAAAAAGCUCGAAGAUGAACGUGAACGUCGCAAAGAAGAAGAGCCAUCGGAGCAAGAGAGGGAACAGCAUAAGCAGCAUGACGACGAAGUAGCGGAGAAUGAACGGCUGCGCCAGGUCGGUCUUGCGCAGGGUAUGGUGAACUUUGUACAAAACUUCUCAAAUGAUGCGCCGCUAGAGUGUGUGGAAACUGAAAAACAGCGGAUUGUCCUGAAAGAGGUUGAACCUCGAUGGUGGAUUCUUGCCGCCAUUGAUCUCACAAAAUUACCUCCCUCGAACACGCGUGCUGCAUCCACGAAUCGAUCCUCUAUUAUCGAGUCGCAGUCUUCAGGAGAUGUCGAGUAUUCCUCCCGCGAAGUCGCGUCGGUGCCGCUACUGCUUGCCCAGAUCACACAAGCCCAUCGCAUUUUCAUGCUGCACCAUUCGUCAACGUUAGCCGAACUAUGGAAGAAGCACGAACGUGGGAAACAGCUGUUCCGUGAUCUGCUACAACGCUACUGGGAACGCUUCAUCUGGAACUGGGACGUCUUGUUGCAUGGAAAUCCUGCCACAGAUCUGUACGACGCUGUCAAGCUUGCUGGGGGUGGCGAGCUUGGUAUCGGUGUCGGUGAAGAAGAUCAGGGCAGUGGUGAAAGGGAAGUCUUAGAAGGGUUUGUAGCCCGGACAGAAGGCCUCCUGGAUCUCGUUGUCGGACGGUAUGGCGACGCUCCUGCAGGUGCCGCCGGAGUUCAGAGGAAGGACGCGGAGGGCAAAGUAGGCACGAUCCACUCUGCGCCUUGGCUGGGUAACGGCGAAGACCCCCGAGCUGAAGACGGCAUCAUAUUCUCUGGAAUCGGUGGCAUUUCCAAACGGUCACUCAUUACAGUAUCCAAGUGGAUGGAAGCUAUAUUCGUCCAUGGUGAAGCUGCAUAUGGUGUCGGCGACAAUCCAGCUUCUCGCCCAAGGCAUCGGAGAAAGAGAAGGAAAGUUGACGAGGAGACUUCACGGAGGAAUCUGGAUCGGACUCUUCCACAACAUAGCGGAGGACAGCACGCAGCAUCCGUCCGGGACAAGGCUCCGAACCUUCACCGUAAAGCUAUGGAAAACAACGCAACACCACCUGGUAUCCCACCACCACUUGUGAGCGCUGUAGAACAGUCGUUGGACAAUGCCACAGCCAAUGCUAGUGCAAACGACACUUCCGACGAAGGUGGAAAGAGUAGUGAAUCUGCGAAUAACCAAAAGCAAGACGAGCACGGGAACUCGUUGUUUGGAACCGAGAAGAUGAUGAAGUAUCUCAGUUUAGGUUACGGCUCAAGCUGGACGUUGAGCCCAAGGGGCUUCGGUGCUGACAGAGACAUCAACGGACCAAGCAGCCUUACAGACGCUGGAAGGAAUGAGACAAAAUCUGAAGCGAAGGAGACAUCGCCCGAAGAGCUGUUACAGGAGCUUGAUCCCACACCAGAAGUUAGCGACGAGGACGAACCUCCUUUCGUCCAGAGGCUUGAACAAUCUAUUGGCAAGUUCCUUGUUGGCCUGUCUGGCGACCUUGAGAAUGCUGAAUUUGAGGACGAUCCAAACAGCCAUGGGGGUGGAAGAGAACCGUCAUCGCCAAAAGAGGCUAAUCGCAUAUUCCUGCGUACUCUGACAGUGGAGGUGUCUGCUUCACGGGCGUCACAAAUCACUGUUUCGGAACGGCGAGCUUCAAAGGUGAACGACGACUCGGAAUCUGCCAAAGGCAAAACCAGUGCUGCAGCAUCCAUAGAUGGAGCACAAAAACCGAAUGUCACACAUGAAAAGGUACAGGUGGCCAUAUAUGUGCAUCAGCCAUUUAUCUUUGUCUUCUUAUUUCAGCUGCGUACAUCGAACCUCACCGUGCCAAGCUUUUACCGCGCCAUUCACCACACCCUGGGACCUUUGCAAAAGAGUCUUUUGAGGAGCACCGAUCCUGAGAGAUGGAGAGAACGCGUGAAAGCAGCUUUGGAAACUGACCCUGACCCGAGCUCGGAGCAAGAACGGAAUGCAACGGCGAAAGAACCCGUGGAAAUCUAUGAUCUCAUCUAUGAUCCAGCACAGUUGACAGUACGGACAUCGAUACCGAAUAUCCCCAUCCCUGGCAGCCUUGCAGCAGAAGGACUACACCGGACACAACCAGCGCGCCUGAUCACAGUUUCAGGCUCGUGGUAUACGUUGGGGAUACCGAUUGGCUCGUCGGCCUCAGCGCCUGAAACCCCAACCUCGACUCCUUCCAUAUUGGUCCAAAGUCAGUGGACUCGUGUGGAAGCAUUGAGUGUCCACACGCAUAUCCUGAAUAUAUGGGAGUCGACUCGGUGCAGCAAAGGUCAUAAUGGACAGCCAGCGCCACAAUCCGAGGAAUUGGAAAGAACGGUCAAAACAGCCAGAGGCUGGUGGGUCGUGUGGAUGAAGGUGCGCAAGUCGGCGCAAGAUGCUGGUGGGCGGAUUCCUCAGAGCGAGACGUCUACAUCACAAGGCACAUCGGAGAGUGGUCAUGUCGAAAAAGAAGCGAUCUUGGUCAGAAGGUCCAAGGAGAGCAUAGCUAAGAGCAGAGAUGUCUCCGGUUCUCGAUCGACCUCUGGCGCAAGCUUCGCGUCAGGGCGAUGGCUGCUUCGGGAACAGCCACGCAGCCGGGAGGUCAGCGGAUCGAAUAGUGGGCAGGCUACAGGUUAUGGUGGUUCAGGUAACAUGGGGUCAGCCAAUGCGCGAGGUAUGAAUGAGGGAGUCGGGGUUGAUGCCAGGAAAUGGGUAGAAGGGUUGAUCAAGCUGAACAUGUAGAAGUCGCCGGUAGCUGUGCAUGGCGUCAACCUCGAAGAGUCCUGUGAGACGGGCAAUUUGAUCAUAGGACCCUACAGCGAUAGAAUCUCGAAACUUGAUUGUCCUGUAGUUUCUCCCU